AUCAAGGCAUGGCUCAAAACCACUCUACGCAUCCCAUGAUGGCUACCACCACCACCUUUGAACUUCUGCAAGCCCAGACGGAGCUUUGGUGCCACACCCUCGCCUACCUCAAAUCCAUGGCGCUGCAAAGCGUGAUCAAGCUUAGGAUCCCCACCGCCAUCCAUCGUUGCGGCGGCGCCGCCUCCCUGCGCGAGCUACACGAACAUCUCCCGGUCCCCGCAAGCAAAUUGCCAUGCUUGUCUCGCCUAAUGAAGCUGCUGGUCAUCUCAGGAAUCUUUAGAGAGGGCAAGGAAGGCGUGUACCAUCUCACCCCGGUAUCACGCCUCCUCGUGGAGGACAACGCCAAGGGUGGCAAAGCAUGCCUGUCGCAGUUUGCACUCCUGGCCACUUCACCAUUCCACUUCCGGGCGUCUCAACUCCUAUCUGAGUGGCUGGAGAGUGAGGACGAUGCUGUGGCAGAGACACCGUUCAUGAUGGCGCAUGGAGCGGGAUUUUUUCCCUACACGGCUCGUGACUUGGAGUUCGGUGAGUUGUUCAACGGGGCCAUGGGCGCCGACAGCCGCUUUGUGGCUGAAAUCGUCGUGCGCGAGUGCGGCGAUGUAUUCGCCGGGUUAACGUCUCUGAUCGACGUCGGAGGUGGGGAUGGUACCACGGCGAAGGCUAUUGCAAAGGCCUUCCCACACGUGAGGUGCUCGGUGUUGGAGCUUCCCCAAGUGGCGGACAACAUGCCGGUUAAUGGCGUGGUUGAGUUCGUUGCAGGUGACAUGAUGGAGUCCAUCCCUCCAGCUGAUGUUGUGUUACUCAAGUUUGUGCUGCACAACUGGAGUGACGAGGAUUGUGUACGGAUCUUAAAGCGAUCGAAGGAAGCUAUCUCUACUCGAGGACCAAAAGGGAAGGUGAUAAUCAUAGAUACGGUGGCAGGCUCGGCGUCGUCCAAACGGACACUCGAAGCUCAGCUUCUGAUGGAUGUAUGCAUGAUGAUGCUAACAACGGGUGAAGAGAGGGGCGAGGAGAGGUGGCACAGGUUGUUCCUAGACGCGGGUCUUAGUCGAUACAAGAUCAAUCCCAUCUUGGGAUCUCAAUCACUCAUCGAGGUCUUUCCGUAGACCAAACCAUGCAUUAAUAAUGCCAGUUCCAAUAGCAAGUUAUUUUUUGUUGGUUCUGAUGGUGACACACCAUUUACAUUACUUUGAGUUGAUGAAUGAGACGCCACCCUUCAAUGUGC